GUUUGACAGUAGUAUUUACGUUUGUCCAGCUGUCACAUUUGUCAUUUACAAGUGACGGUCAACAUUUUUCUGUUAUAUUUUUAUAUUUUAUUGUUAACAUUAAUUAGUUUUAUUUUAAUACAUUUAUAUAUAUGUUAUUUUUAGUUGCUUACUAUUUAUUAUCUUAAACGUUUUAUGUUACUAAACAUUAUCAUUAAUGUCUUGAGUCACGUUCAUCAGUGAUAAGUCAGUAAAAUUCGUGAAAAUAAAGAAAAAUUAUACAAUCUGUAUAAAAUUACUCGGCCAUCAAAUGGAGAAGGAGCAAAAAGAAUCAAGAGAACCAGCUCAUCAUGCCAGACGACCAAUGAAUGCUUUCCUUAUAUUUUGUAAACGACAUCGUGGAUCAGUGAGACUGCAUUUUCCACAUCUUGAAAAUCGUGCUGUCACUCGGGUUCUCGGUGAAUGGUGGGCUACUUUACAUCCAGAUCAGAAACAAUCAUAUAUAAAUUUAGCUCAGGAGUAUAAAGAUGCAUUUUUAAAUGCAAAUCCAGAUUUUAAAUGGUAUAAAUUACCCGCCCCACCACUUAGAACAUUAACAACAAGACCGACAAACAAAAAACCGGAUGUUGGAUCGAGUUAUGAACAAAAUUCAACAAUUACAACAAGUAACUCAAAUUACGAGUCUUCCAAUUAUACAAACACUGAAAAUAAUGAUGCUAUCCAACCAGGUAAAUUAGCUGAUGAAUCUCAGAUUGGUGGACUGAGUUCAUUAUUUACACCACAAAAAAAUUCAUCCAAUCGUAAGGAUGAUGAUGAUGGCGAUCAUAAUAAUGACAAUGAUGAUGAUGAUGUCGAUGAUGAUGAUGAAGAUGAUGAAUUACCAAAUAUAGAAAAUGAUAAUAUAGCAAAUGGAACAGAUGAAAUAGUUGUACCUAAACCACCGAAAAAACGUUAUACAGAAUUACCAAUUGACUUGGAACAAAAGAGAGACUGCAAAGCUGACUUAUUUGGAGAAUCAAGGACAGGGAUCGCUGAGUCUAAUAACAAUAACAGCAGCAACAACAAUAACAAUGAGCAUCAUCUUCAUUUGGAUGAUGAAAAAAGAAAACGCGAGGCGAAUUCUUAUUUGGAAGUAAAUAGUCCGGAGGAUAAUAAUUUUCGAGGUGAACGCAGCUGUAAGGGAUUGCGUUAUCAAAAAUUUCUUGCUGAGCAAGUGAGAAACGUUGGAUCGAUGACCCAGCAAGUUAAACGACGACGUACUGAGCUCAAUAAACUUACUGGCAUUGAAAAACAUACAAAGGAAAGAAGAAAUUCAAUAUCGUCCAAUGUAAGCGAAAAGACUGAUUCAUUAAGCAGUGAGGGAGGCAACAGUUCACGCAGUGACUUGGAGCAUCUUGUUGAUAGUGCUGAAGGGAAAGUUGAAGCUUCAAAGCCGGAAAAUACUGAGACAGACGAAGCCGAAUUUGAGGCAUGGACGCGUAAACGAUUUAAAGCCGAAGAUUUUAAUUUGGAAAAAAAAAUAGAAGCAUUACCCUCAUUAAGUUUAGAAGAAUUUCAAGAGAAGAAAAAACAACAGCGUACUAAAAAAAAAAAAUUACCACAGAAAUUGAAUACUAAUUCAAUAGCUAAACGUACUUCAGUUAAUCAAAAUGAUAAUGGACAAUUAGAUACUUCAAUAAAUAAUCGAAAGGAAACAAAUGAUAUUAAUUCACAUGAAGAAAGUAAUAAUGCUCAUUUGGUUGGGAGUCAAAAACGAAAAGCUCGUAAACAAAGUAUAACACGUAAUGCUUCUGCAACAGUAUCGAAAAAUUCAACUCAAGAAACAAAUCAACCUUGGUGUGCAUCACCAGAUCUCGAAGCAUUGGCCUGUCUUGCAGAAUUAGCUGCUAAUCGAACGAAACUUACCAAGUAACUCUACUUACUAAUAUUAUUAUUAUUAUUAUCAUUAUUAUGAUUAUCUUUUAAAUUCUUUUAAUGUAUAAAAAAAAGUUACUCGGUUUUUAUUUCUUGUUUUUAUCAUUAUAAAUCUAUUGUUUAUGUGCCACUAUUACGUUAACAUACUGGCAUAAGAAUAGUUGACGAAUUUAUAAUUUUUAUCGACAUUUAUCGUAUUAUUAAAAGUAAAUGAUAUGAAUACAUAUAUUAAGGUGUUUCGAAAAAAACCAUUUUUUCUUAUGGUCUCAAAAGUUGGUUUCAAGUAAAAAAAAAAAAGAAAAAAAUCCUCCCAAAAAAGCAACUCGAAAUCUCAAUUCUACUAAGAGCUCAACGAACAUACAUCUUCCCAUUUAAAUUGCAUGUAAAAAUAUUGUUUUUUAAAAAUAAAAGUAUUGAAAAAAUUAUUUUACAAAAUUCAAGUACAUGGUCUUGUAGGAAAUUAAAUUCUCUACAAAAAAGUUCUCAAGUGUUUUCUUCGUACAACUAACAAAAAAAAGUUAUGAAGCUCUAAACUAUAAUAAAUAGCAUAACUCCAUGUUUUUAUUAUAUUAAACAGUUUUUUCACAGAAAUUUAGAUUUUUUCUUGCUUAAAUGUGCAAUGUAUCUUAAUUUGAAACUGAUGAAUUUUGAAAUAACUUGAUUAAUUCAUUUUAUUUAUUAUAUUAUCAACAAUUAAUUUACAAUUUUUCUUAGAAAAUAAUAUUUUACUUUCGAAAUUUAUACGAAAAAUAAGUAAGAUCUCAAAAAUCUUUUUAAAACACCUGACUGACAAUACAUGAUAUAUUCACCGUUUAAACAUGUACAAGCAAUAAAAUCCGGUAAUUAGCUUUAAAACUGUGUACGUUAAGUUUUUCGAUUCACUAUUGUUUCAAGCUUCAUAAAUUUUUUUUUGUCAGUUGUACGAAGAAAACACUCAGAAACUUUUUUGUAGAGCAUUAAAUUUCCUACAAGAACCAUGUACUUUGAUUUAAAAAAAAAAUUUUCAAUACUUUUAUUUAUAAAAAACAAAAACAAGUUUUUCGAAUGUAAUUCAAAUGGAAAAAUGAAUAUUCGUUGAGCUCUCGGCAGGAUUGAGGUUUCGAGCUGUUCUUAUAGGAUGAUUUUUUGAAUACCUGAGACUUAAGACCAUAAACUCGAAAAAAUAAGUGUUUUUUUUAAACACCCUAAUAUAUAUAUUAAUUAUUAUAUUUAGAUAAUUGUUAAUCUCGUGUUUAUUAUAUCAACAGUUCAAUAUUUUAAAGUUUUUAAAUUAAAAAAAAUAUAUAUAUCUAUUUUACUACUUAUCUAAAUCUAAUCAUUAUUAUUAUUAUAAAUAUACCACAUUUUAUAGUUAAGUGGUAUAUUAUAUUUCCAUUUUAUUUAAAAUAUCUAUUAAUCAUACCUGUUAUUAAUUAUAUAUUUAUAAUUAUCAUCUAAUCAUAUUUUCAAAUUACUCGUGAUAGAAAAAUAUGAAUGUGAGUGAUAAAUGCCAAGUAAAUAAUAGCAAAAAAAAUAUAUAUAUAUUAUUAUUGUAAAGAAAAUGAACUGAAUUUAUAUGUAAAAAAAUUCUUUUUAUAUAAUCACUGACGCUUCCAGGCGACUGAUUGAUUAUUUGUCGCGGUGCUUCAUAUUUUUUACUAUAAUUAUCAUUAUUAAAAAAUAACAAAUGUACUAUAUAAUAAAUAUAAACUAUAUCAUCGUCAUUAAAGCCUCGGAGUUUAUAUUUUUUAAAGAAUUUUAAACUAUUUAUUGAACUAUAAAAUAUCAACACUAAUAAUAAUAAAUAACAAAACUUCUAGGCUUUAAUAAUAAUGGAAAAAAUAAUUUUUUUAUUUAUUAUUGCACAUUUUAAUAGACGAUUCGCAUUGAGACAUUAAUAAUUUGUCAACAGGGCAUUUUUAUGGACACUAUUUUAAAACUGUUUAUGAUAUAUUAAUAUAAUUAUACAUGGGAACAAUGAGUAUUUGAUUUAAUUUGAAUAAUAAUCAAUUAUCAAUGUUCUUUGUAAAUGAUGAGCUAAAAAAAAAUAUAAUACAGCAGACGAUAUCGUUAUAUAUAAUUGUUUAAUGUAAAUAUUUAAGUUACAGUAUUAAAUUCUUGUGCGAUCGUCGGGUUAAAAAUAAAAAAAAUUAUAAUCAAAAUGUUUAUAUGUAAGCCUAUAGAUACGUACGUAUAUACAUUGAUCGCAAUAAAUAUUAAAAAUGAUAAAAAUUUAGAAAAAAAAUAUUUUAUUCAGUAUAAAAUUAAAUAAAAAAAUAUGCGUUUGAUAAAAUGUAUUGUAUGUACGUAUGAAAGGUUUUUAUAAUUAAGCUUUAAUAUAUUAAAAUAUAUAUUUAUAUUAUUUAUACCAAACUAACAUAAACAAUCUUAAAGACUAAAUAAUAAACGAAAAACAUAAAAGGAAAAAAGUAAUGAGGUAUUGUACGAUUGAUGAAAGUAAGAGAUUUGUCUGUGAUUUUGGCUGAAGGAGUUUUUAAUCUUUUAUAUUUUUCUAUUAUUAUCAUUUUAAUUUGAUUGCUAUACAACUUAUCUAUGAAAAAAAAUAUUUUAAAUUAUGUGGAGGACAUCAAUAGUCAAAAGCCUUAAGCUGGGAUUUUAAAAACACCUGUAGUUAAUUAUUUCAUAUUUCAAAUGUGCCUUUAAAACAAAAAUAAUUAUCAAAAAAUUAAUAUAACAAACAAAUGACCAAAACUAUUUAAUUAUUCAUUUUAUUUUUAAUUAAUAUUUCAUAUUAAAUAUUAAAUAAUAGAUAUAAAAUAUAAAAUUUUUAUUUUUGAUUAAAUAGAGCUAGAUUUUCUCAUCUAAAGUUAGUUAACAUGCCUAAUAAUAUAAUCAAACAUAAAAUAAUAAUAAUUAUUAUUAUUAAGCAGGCAAACUUUCCAAUGAUUGUGAGAUAAAAUAAAUUAAAAAAUAAUAUAUAUAUAUAUUUAAGAUUGUAUUUGCACAAGUAAAAGUGUGUAAUUUAUAGCUUUAACAAUGUAAUUUACACAUGUUUAUUCAAAAAAAUUAUAUAUUAUAUAUUUUAAAGUAUAUCUAUCUGUAUAUGUAUACAUUCUCACAUUGUAACAUAUUGUAUACUGUUUGUAUGCGUAAUAAAAAUAGCAUA